UCGGCAUCGCCUGGGGUUGGGCCAGGCUCCCGAGGCUGCGAGAAGGGGGACCUGAUGAACAGCUUCGGCAUCUUCCUGCAGGGGCUCCUCGGGGUUGUGGCCUUCAGCCUCCUCCUGCUGAAACGCUUCAGAGAACCAAAGCAUGAAAGGCGUCCUUGGAGGAUUUGGUUUUUGGAUACUUCCAAACAAGCCAUAGGGAUGUUGUUCAUCCACUUUGCCAAUGUGUAUUUAUCAGACCUUACCAAAGAGGACGACCCUUGUUCACUGUACUUUAUCAACUUUCUGCUAGAUGCCACCUUAGGAAUGCUGCUAAUUUAUGCUGGUGUGCAGGCAGUGAGCACCCUUGUUGAAUGGCAGCAGUGGGAGUCUCUUCGCUUUGGUGAAUAUGGUGACCCACUGCAAUGCAGUGCUUGGGUAGGCCAGUGUGCGUUGUACAUAGUGAUCAUGAUAUUUGAAAAAACUAUCAUCAUCAUAGUUCUCCAAAUACCUCAGUGGAAAGAGGUAGCCUUGUUGAAUCCUAUAGAAAAUCCCCAGUUAGAGCUGGCUAUUGUCAUGCUGAUAGUCCCCUUCUUUGUCAAUGCAUUAAUGUUCUGGGUAGUUGAUAACUUCCUUAUGAAGAAAGGGAGGAGAAAAGCUAAACUUGAAGAGAAAGAACCAGGGCUGGAUUCAAGAAAUGGAAGCAAAGUUCGAUACAGGAGAGCAGCCUCACAUGAAGAAUCUGAGUCAGAGAUCUUAAUUUCAGCAGAUGACGAAAUGGAGGAAUCAGAUGGUGAAGAGGAUCUUCGGAGAUUGACUAAUUUAAAGUCUUUUAAGAAAAAGAAGCAUCGAUUUGGUCUGCCUGUAUGACAGAUUUGGUGGCCUGUUACAUUUGCAGGUUUAUGACAGAAUUGUCCACGUUCAGUGGAUUUUCGCUUGGCAAUCGUAUCCUUGUUGCCUCGAAACUGUGGCUCAAACAAUGGAACCCGGACAGUUUGAAAAGCUACCUGUUCAGCUGCACUAUGGAAACUCUGACCAAAUAUGCAAGGGUAUCUUUCCCUGUGUGGAAGAAUCCUCAUCACCAAGGUGGUCUGGAUGUGACCAGGUCAAAGAACAUCAUUGCUUCAGCUAUGGUUGCUGAAUGAUAUUCUGGAAGAGAUAUCAGGAUUAACAAAAUUCGAAUCAGUAUGUUUUAUUACUAAAAACUGGCUUUUUCAGCAUAUUCCUAGAGCAGAAUAGUUUUAUGUUACAAAUUGUGACUUAAUAUUCUUAUGUAAGUUUACUACUUAAGGGUACCUAUGGAAUUAAUGGGCUGAACAAAGUUUUUCUCCCCAAGUCUCCUCUAACCUUUUGAACUUUUAUAUUUAAGUUAUAUUUUCAUACUGGAAUAUUUAAAGACUGUCUUUGUCAAAGAAAAUUAUGCUGUUACUUUUGGCAUGUGGUUAAAAAGGUCAUACUCGCAGCAAAAUUAUUUUUCAUCAUCUCUGUCACAUAAAGGAGAGUAAUGUGCUGACAAAAGGAAUGGCCAAGCGGCUACUAGAUCUGCGUAGCCAUUCUGCUGGAGUGCUGCACAAGCCCAAUUGAACCAAAAGGUGGUUGAGCGGCAGCGUUAUUUAGUGGAUUAUACUACUGGUCACUUCUGCGACAUGGGUACUAUUUGCGUAUACAUGGCCCUGUGCACUUUAGCAUAAAAGCAACAAAUAUUUAUUACAGCGGUUUCUUCUGUAUGUCAACUGAAGAAUUUAAGAGACUGGAAUAAUGUCGGCUUCUUAAGCACUUGAAAGUUUUCUGAUCCCGUAUCUCAACUAUUCCAAAGCUGAAGAAACAUUCCUUGUUCAAAACAAGAAGACUUUUCUUGAACAUAUAAUAUAGCACACUGUCUAGCUCUUCCUGUGACCAUCAUUAUGUGGGGAGGGCUGUAAUUCAGUAGCAGAAGGACCCAGAUUCAAUCCCGGCAUCUCCAGGUAGACCUGGAAAAACUCCUGCUUGAAACCAGGGAGAGCUACUGCCAGUGGUACUGGGAUAGAUGGACCAAGUAUCUGACUUGGUAUAAGGCAGAUUCCUUAUGUAACUGAAUAAUGUUGUAAAAGGAGUUGUUCCUCCUAAGAGCAUCCCCCCCCAAUUCUUAAUAUGAUUCAGUUGACUACUGUAAGUGCACUAAUCACUACUGUUCAUUCCUCAACUUCCUAAACAACAUCUGUCUCAUUUCAGCUGGGAUAGAACAAAGAUAUAGCAUAGUAUGAUAAAUAUAUUCAUCCAUUAAUGUCCAGGUGGUUGCAGCUUCUUCUUUUUGUCUGCUAUCCUGUGCUUACUGGAAAUAUAUCUGACAAUGGAAUACUUGCAUAGCUGAUUUCAUCGACCAUGGUCUAGUUAUUAUUUGGCAGUUUUCCAUGCUUAUUUAAAUCUUCUGGUAUAACAAAACAGCAAAAGUGAUUUCAGGAAAAAAAUGCAAACUGGUAACUUGCAGUAUCUGAAUAUCAGAUUGUAUUUCAAGCCUUAAAACAGUUCACUGGCAAGAGGUCAGAACUCUUCAAAGCUUCUUCUUCUUUUUUAUGGUUUUUAUAUGUGUAGUUAGCCUUAAAUGUGGUAAGCUACACAGGUUGCUGGUUUUGGGACUGGGGGGAUCAUUGGGCCUUAGGAGAUAAAGUACGCUGCUCCAUUACUGCUUUGUUCUUCCUUUUUUUCGUUCUUUCUUUGUCUGGGGCUAUUUUACUAGCUGUAUUCUGAGGCAAGCAAUGUCCGCCUCACUUACCUGGCUUGCCCCUAAGAGGCAUUUUACUGGGCCAUGCAUUCCAGAGCUCCACAUUGGACAGUGUUGACUUGCACUGUAACAUAUUUGCAAUACAUUGUUACUUAUUGGUGUUCAGGUUAAAAACAAAGGGAAACCAAUGUUUAUCUAAGCAUAGACCUACAUAAAGCCUCUAUUUUGAGGUAGAGAAAUGUCCUUGAUCAAUGUUGCCUCCUAACUUAUUUGUUUUUAUAUUUUUACUGUGUAUUUCUAAUUCAAUGAAUUACUGUUCUGUCAAGCAUUGUGCCCUAACACCAGUUCUGUCAUACCUAUGUGAAAUUCCUAGUGUGCAGGAUGGCGGAUACAAUUUGUCAAUUCAAGUAGAUACUUAACAACAUCUAUUUAGUUGUAUAGUAGGACUAAGAAUUGAAAACCUUUGCUUUGAGGUAGCAAAACAAAUGGGGAAGAGCACUGCUAUAGGCCAUUUACCUCUUCAUUCUAAUAACACAUGACUAAAACCCCAAGCUUAACUCCAUUCAUUUCCUCCUGUGGCCUCAAUUACAUAAAAUGUCUGUUUAAAACAGUGUUGGGAUGGGGGGGGUUCUAAAACAAAAACACCAAACCCAAAGCCUUAAUUGUAUUUAAACAGUCAAACUUCAAGUAGACCUCAGAUUUACCAUUGUGAUUGACUAGUGCCAGGCACUGCUGAGCAGCUUGAUUCAGCGUUUUAAAGACAGAAGGAAGAUAUUCUAUUUGGCUUCCCCAAUUGUUCUAUAUUGCAAGGGAAUGUGAAUUGUGCUUCGCAUACCUUAUAACGGCAUGACAAAAUAAAGCACUACUGUCCAGAGGCAUAAUUUUGAAUGCUCAGAUAAUAAAUGUACAUAGGUCCUAUUUAAGAAUGAUAAGAAUUGCUUUAGUGAAUUACACCAAGGCCCAUCUAGUGUAGCAUUCAGCAGUCAGCCUCUAAGGUGUGAAGCAGGAUAUAACAUUAAUGGGCUCCUGUUAACUCCUCAGUAUCUGGAAUUUAAAAGUAUACUAUUCUAUACAAGAAGUUUGAUGUAGCUAUCAGCCAUUGAUAGAUGGAUUAUUGAUAGUUUUCCCUAAAUCUUGUUUAAACUUCCCUAAAUCUUGUUUAAAGCGGCCAUCACCAUAUCUUGUGGUACCGAAUUCCAUUGUUUUAGCGCUGUGUGAAGAAGUAAUGGGUUGAAUAUACAUGGUGCUCUGAGUCCUUCUGUACAGUAAACUAAUUUGUUUUAUUUCAUUUUGUCUCUUUCCAAAAACUUAUGCAGGGCAGGGCAGGAGGGAGGGAAUUCAAUUUAGCUGAAAUGGAACAAAUGGCUCUGCUUUGCUCGUUAGGAUAACAGCACCAAAACCGGGGAAGAAAUAGCUAGUGCUUUAUUUUGUUUUGCAGUUAAAUGGAUUUGAAUGUAUUGCUUAUUUUUCGAUGGCUCACUUCGGACAACACAAUAACCACUGGUGGUUUUAGUAGACAACUGUCAAUUGAAUGGUCAAUGGUUGGUAAUUGUGUCCUCUGUCUGGCAAAAAAAAAACAACCACCCUGUGGUUGACUUUUUUGUCAAAAACAACAACAACAACUGGAAAAAACACAACCGGCUGCAAAGUUGACUAGUUGCUCAACCAGUGGUUAGUGUGUUGUCUGAACUGAGCCAGUGGACUAUUUUGCAGGGUUGAGUUGACUAUCUUGGCUGGCUACAGAGUUCCCGGGCAAGAGUGGCCCAAACCACGCUCACUGCUCUGCUACAGGCAGCACAACUUGCAGAGGCUGCUGGGAUAGCACCGGGAGGACUGAGGGAGGACGGAGAGCAGCAGGGGCUGUGGCAGUCAAAUGCUGGUUUUGAGUGCCAGUCCCAACCAACCACAGCUGUGUAGGAACAUGUUGUGUGGGGAGUACCCCUAGAUAAGCAAUGAUGAAUUGACUGUUCCCCCCCCACACACACCAUUGACUAAAGUAUUGUCCAAAUGCAGCCACUUACUAGGUUUGCAUGAUCAUGGAGGGAAAAUAAGCCACUGGCUUAUUUUUCCUCUGCGCACAUACCAGUUCAAGCCACCUAAUUAGCAUAAUAGCCCUUGCCAGAUAUGGGUUGUCAUGACGUCCAAAUACGGCAAGGGUGGCUGGCUGGGGUGGUUUAAAAACCGCCCUGAACUUCACAGCAACUCACACCCAAUGAACGUAAUUAUGCUAAUAGGAGUCUCAUGACCGCCACCCACAGGGAGGAAAAACAAGCCACGGUGGCUUAUUUUCCAUCCAUGAUUGUGCAAACGCAUCCAGUGAGUUGUGGCAAUUCUAAGAUGGCAAAGAAAAGUAGGCAAGGUAUAAGUGUUCUCUAAAAGUUGAGCACAUUUUAUCUUUCAAGAACUCAUCACAAUGAGGUAUGCUUUAGUCUGUAUUUUUUUUUAAAAAAUGUUGCUAAUCUGACACUAAUGUGGCUGAUCCAUUUCUUUCUGCACUUAAAACAUAUAGGACAGUGUGGAAUUUGAUAGAGACUAAUAGUUUCCCCUUGCCAAAUGGAUGGGAUACAGAGAUGAAAUAGGGCAGGAUUUGCAUUAUUCGCUGUUCGUUAUAUCUGGGUGCCCAAUGUAAUUAUUAUGGAAAUCCUGUGGUCAUUAUGCAGUCUUCAUUUUCUAACUUUACUGUAUAAAUGUCUCCCUGACUAUCUUUACUAAAAAAUGCUAUAUGUUAAUGUUGCUGACAAACCAUGUUAUAAGCUUCUCUUCAGGGAAAAGACCUCAUACUCGUUGAAUUGUGACUCAAACAACAACAAUGCAAGGUUUUCUGGAGGCAUUCCCUCACAAGCAUGUGCUUGGUUUCUAACUAUGCUUUGCUGGAAGGAAAGGCGGGCGGUGUGUGUGUGUUCAGCCUUAACAUUUCCUAUUUGAAAGCUGGGCAUCUGUGCCUCUUGUGCAUGCUCAAUGCAGAUCUGCAGCUUCCAUACAAAAGUAGUAGUGAUGGUGAACACACAAAAAUCUAGCCACAUCAGAUCAUAGGAGAUGCAAUACAUCAACAUUUCUGAAGUUUCCAGUUAAAUGGUGGGAGAUGACUGUGGUUUUACAAAGUAAAACUGCAGCACCCUUUUUUUAAAGAGAUACUCUUUGGGUUGGAUCCAGAUUUGCUGCUUUAUGAACAAAAGAGUUCCUGUAGAGGGAAACUGAGCUCUGGUUCCCCAUUGGUGGAAGGGGAUGAAGUGGUAAUCUUCACCAAUUUCCUAUCCCUCUGCAGCCCCCAGAAUUGCUUCCCUUUCUGUUCCAGAGAGUCCCCCAACCCUCCAGAACAGCUUUUUAGGGGGCAUGAGGCUCCAGAAGGAAGGAAGAACCAGUGAAAAUUGCCGUCCCACCCGUCCAGUGUGAGCGGAACUCCACUGAGCACGAGCCCGGAUUUAAUGUGUUUUUGGGGUUCAAAAUGAAGAUGAAAGUCUGCCCUGUGAGUUUAAAAAUGUGAACCAUGAUGCCCUCUUGAUCAUAUUUAACAGAUGGUAUUUCAUUAAAAUGGAAAGGAUAUGUGUUGUACCUAAAUAAUGGUUUACAAUAAAGUUUUGGCUUAAUAUAA